CCUCCUCAUAUAAAAGCUGCGCCUUUAUCCUUUGUUUAUAGAUCCUGAAGUGAACAUGACAGUUGGUUAUAUUUUAGGGUUUUCUUACAUUAAAGCAAGCGUUUUGCGCUGCUUCACAGUCGUAGUCGUCUAAACCUCACUCAAUCAAUUAUAUUGACUUUGACCGUCUUAUUGAACAACAAAACAUCGAUUUCGAGUUGGAAUAACUGAAUUUCUUGCUGUGCAAAUCUUAGACUUGGAUAUCGAUUAAAUAGCAAACAUGGUUGUUAUGCCAAAGAGAGUGAAGACCUUCGAAGUCAUUUUCAGCGAUGCUAACAAGGCUUUCUACUGCAGUGGAGACAAAGUAGCCGGGAGGAUCGUGGUGGAAGUAGCGGAGGUGACCAGAGUCUCCGCUAUGAGAGUGGUCGGAAUUGGAUGCGCCAAAGUGGAAUAUGCCAAAGGAAAGCAGAAAUGCAGAGAGGAGAAUGAGUACUUGAGAUACGAAGAAGUUGUUCAACUUGAUGACCAGCCAGCUGAUCAUGAUGGCUCAGUUAUCCUUAGACCUGGCAACAAGUACGAGUACAUGUUUGGAUUUGAGCUCCCCCAGCAAGGGCAGAUUGUGUCUUCCUACAAGGGCAAGUUUGGCUAUGUCCAGUACUAUGUAAAGGCCUUGAUGGAGAGACCUGCUCAGCCUGCCCUGGAGUGUAAGAAGCACUUUGAGGUGGAGGAGCCCCUGGAUGUGAACACCCCGGAUCUGCUGUCUCCUACAGGCGGCAUGAAGGAGAAGAAAGUCACCUGCAUGUUCAUUCCCGAUGGCCAGGUGUCCCUCAAUGCCAAGAUCGACCGCAAGGGGUUCUGUGAGGGCGAAGACAUCUGCAUCAGCGCCAAGUUUGAGAACACCUGCUCACGUAUUGUGGUGCCCAAGGCAGCCAUCAUCUCUAAGCACACCUACCAGGCCAAUGGCAGGACCAAGGUCUUCCGGCAGAAGCUCUCCUCUGUGCGCGGCAACCACAUCAUCUCCGGCAUGUGCGAUGCCUGGCAGGGUAAGACCAUCCGGGUGCCCAAGAUCAAGCCCUCCAUGCUGGGCUGCAACAUCAUCCGCGUGGAGUACGCCCUUAUGAUCUACAUGCACAUCCCAGGCAGCGAAAAGCUGAUCCUGGAGCUGCCGCUAGUCAUCGGCACAGCCGGCCUGGGCAGCCGCACCAACAGUGUGAGCAGCACAGACGGCUCGGUCAGCAAUGCUUCAGCCAGCUGGGUGUCACUGCGCAUGCCCUCUGCUCCCCCCAGCUAUUGCGAUGUCACCCGCGACUGCCGCCUGGACCAGCCCCUCACGCCCCUGCUGAACGACUAUGAUGGUGAUGACAGCCCCAUCUUCAUGCACUCCUCAGCCUUCCAGUUCCCACCUCUGCCUGCCUACUCUGAGGUUGAUGAGGAGUUAAAUGGCAACACUCGCAUGCUGCAGGUCUGCUGAACUACCUCAGCGCUUACAGAACUCUGGUCCACUGUACAAGGGCCACUUUUAGCACUUAGCUCACUUGAAAAGGAGCAGAAUAUCCAAAUUAAUGUUGGAGAAGUGUUGGACGAACUUUGGGAAGUGAUGUGGUGUCGGGAAUCGGAGCCGGCCCUGCAUCGAGAAAGGAAGAGGAUGUGACGGUCAGGAGGCAAGAGGCUGAAGUCUUCUUGUGCCAGUGCUUUCGGCCAUCUUUGCAGCACCACCUAAGCUGAGCUUGUUCUGUUUCCUCCAGGACUGUUGCUGUUCAGGUUUCUGCACCUGAGCAUAACACUGCGGACGUUGUGGUUUGCAGUGUCUUGUUGUGAAUAAGCUGCUCCUUCCAAUACCGUCAAUGUUCUUAAUUCAUAAGAGAUGACUGAUAAGAAAUUAAGAGGGAUCUUAUAGUCCUUUAUAAACCAUGUGAUCUCCAUAAGUUUCCCACCGGGGCCAACCACUUGUUGAGAAGUCCCCGACUGAUUAUGCAUAAGCUCUUUGCUUGUUGGGUGUCCAUCCUUCAUGGUGUUUAGUCAUUCCAUAUAAUUCCUGUAUUUCACGAAAAUGUGGGAUUUCAUCUGAGGAACCAUAUUUUGUCUAAUUAUUUAUAUAUAUAUAUAUAUAUAUAUUUCUUCUAAAAUAAAAGUAAGCAAUUUUGUGUUAGACUAUUUGUUGCGUUUGAGAAUUACUGCAUGUUGAAUAUAUCUUCCCAAGGGACAAUCAUGCAGAGUCUUAUAUUCUUCUUUACCAGUGUUUUUGAAAACAUCUUCUAUGGUAUUGCACUUUCUUAUGGAUCCAUAUUGCUCUAUAACUGCCUACAGGAGAGCUUGUGGUUUAGAUGUUUGUUUGUUUCUCUGUGUUUUUGUUUUGAAUAAUGUUUCUGAUUAUGUUGGGAGUAUGUCUCCCCAACACAAACCCAAUAUAUUGUUGCAUUGCCUCCAUAUUAGCAAGGGCUCAAAUUGUUUCGUAUUUCAAAUGAGGGCUGAAUCACAAAGCUGAACUGGGGUGUAUUUUGUGAUUAACACUCCUCGCACAUGCUCUGAGACAUCGAGAAACACACCUUAAUAUUGUCAAUAUAUUUUGGUUUCUCCUAGAAAGUAUUUUAUUGUGGGAUGCCUAAGCUGAAUAUAUGUUGUAAGACUGAUCUCUGAGAACACAAAUAUUCAAUGCAUCUUUUAUAUUUUGUGCAUAUUGUAAAUAAAUUAUAUUUUGUAUGAGACUUUUCUAUAAAUAAAAAGUUGAACUAUA